AUGGAUAUUUUUCUACUAUUUGAACAAAUUUCGCGGCCGCUGCCGCCAUUUUUACAAAAAAAAAACACGAGCGCUCACUCGAUGUACGCUCGGGCGUAUGACAUGCGGUACGGCUACGGCAGGCGCCAUGAAGCCUGCAUGCAGCGACGCGAGCGCGACGUUGCCGCUUCGUCGACACAGUUACAUAGUUUUAAUGGUGCUAAGAUUCUCGAACAACUUAUGGCAGUCAAUCUAACGGUGGUCAAUCACAAGUUGUGUCAAGUUGCAUAUUUUGUACUAGAUAUUACCAAAAAUAUGAUUUGUGCUGAUGGUGAUUUCUUCCUUGGCGGAGCGAGCACGUGUGAGGGUGAUUCUGGAGGAGUCGGUGCAAUCGACGGUAUAGCAAGAGGAAUCGUGUCAUUUGGACGUGGAUGUGGGCAGCCAUUAUCACCGAGUGCGUUCACCGACAUAUCAGCACCAGCUAUAAGAAACUUUAUAGCUAAGCACACGGGACUAUAG